GGUUAAUUGAAUUAAAACAGAAAAAGAAAAUCACAAGUAUUCUCACAUUAGCAUCGACUUUCAUUCUGGUAAAAGAUUUUCAGAAAAUUAAUCUGGAAACAUUUUGAUUUUUACAUUUCCAUUAGCGGUUCUUUGAUCAAAAUUUCUUUGAACAGACACUAUUUUGACUUCUUGCCUAUUUUCAGUGGGCAUAGUUGUGUUGUAGAUUAUGCUUAAACUUUGCCUAAGCAUUUUUAUUUUAUUUUAUUUUAUUUUAUUUUAUUUUGAAAGCAGAUAUUAAAGCGGAAGCGUUCCUCUCUUGGUCACAUGAUGUUUGAUCUCUUCACUUUUCCUCUCAGCGAACUCAAACUCGGGUUUUCUUGUCCUUUACCGCUCUCCGUCCACACCGUUACUCUUCAUCUCCUGAAAAUGGCUGAAGCCCCUCCACGGCCCUGCCGGUUUUUCUGUCACCGGUGCUCAGCAGAGGUUACACCCCGUUUACCAGACUACACGUGUCCACGAUGUGAUUCUGGUUUUAUCGAGGAGCUACCGGAAGAAAGAAGCUUUGAAAAUAGGUCAGCAUCCACUUCCUCUUCCAGUGACCAGAAUCGACAAUCCUUUGAGAACAUGGAUCACCAGCAUUUAUUCACGUUUCCCACCGGAUACGGCCCUUUCGCCCUCGGCAUCUUCGACGAUAACUUUGACCUCCGAUCGCGGUUACCCUCGGAGGAUAACAGAGAAGCAGAGAACAGGAGAGAGAGGGAAAUGGCGUCGCGGCAACGAUACAGUGCACGGCAACCACGAGGUCGCUACUUCCCUCGGCGACAGGGUACGCGCCAUGAGGGAGUGCCCACAUUAGAGGGAAUUAUCCAGCAGCUGGUCAAUGGAAUCAUAGCACCUACCGCCAUGCCGAAUAUAGGGAUGGGAUCAUGGCAAGUUGAAGAACAGGGUAUGCUGCAUUCCAACCCCAUGGACUACGCUUGGGGAGCUAAUGGUCUGGAUGCCAUCAUUACACAGUUGUUAAACCAGUUUGAAAACACCGGGCCCCCGCCUGCAGACCGAGAGAGAAUCAAGAGUUUACCGACAAUAACUAUCACACAGGAACACAUCAGUGCUGGGUUGGAAUGCCCCGUGUGUAAAGAAGACUACAGUGUCGACGAGAGGGUUAGGCAACUUCCAUGCAACCAUUUGUUUCAUAAUGACUGCAUAGUGCCUUGGCUGGAGCAGCACGAUACCUGUCCCGUGUGCAGGAAGAGUCUAAGUGGACAGAACACAGCUACUGACCCCCCAGAGUUAUCAGGAAUGAACUUUUCCCCUUCCUCGUCCUCUUCUUCCUCCCCAAGCUCUCCUAGUAACCACAAUGCUGCCAGCAACUCAUAGGUUUCUUCCACUCCUAAAAUGAAAGGAAACAAACAAAUCAGGUGAGAUCCUGCAGCUCCUCUCUCCUGCUGAGGACCUUCGUUCUGGGAUUCAAACUUGACUUUUAACAUUAUUCCUCCCCCUCUGCUGCACGGAUUAUUGUUCCUGCUCCUGCUGCUAUUUUUGCUGAGUGUUUGAGGAUUUUUAGGAUAUGAAAUAUGAAUUUGAACUAACGGAUUUUGAAGUUGAGUUAAAGUUGAGCCACAGUGGACUGCUUUCUGGACUGAGAGAUGUCUUUGCCUCGAGGCUGGGACGCACGUUUGUGUUUUAAAGGCAGGAUGCUCUUUUAUUUAAGAUUUGCCUUUGGUGGGGUGGAAUCCAUAGAUGUGUAUAGAAUGAAAAUACAUUUCCAAAUAUCAGCUAGAGUCAGAUUCAAACCUCAUGAUAAAAAAAAUAAGUUUUUUGUUUGUAACUUAUUUUUGCACUUUUGUUUUGCACAAUAUUCUGUCUUAUAAUGGGAAAUUUGACCCAAUAUAAAAUACUGUACAUAAAAAAGUUUUUUUUUUACUUGUUGCAUUUAAUAAAUAUUUAAACACAAAUUUAUUUCUUAUUAGACCUCAGUCAUUAUAAAAUAUGAAAGUGUAUUUUUUUCAUCUUGAUUGGUUAAAGACACAAUUUUUAAUUAAAAAAUCCUUUUGUGAAGUGAUUCACUAAACUAAGUGUUCAUUAAAACACUUUUUUUUUUAAGAUUAGAAGACAAAAAGUCAUGGGAUUGUCUUAUUUGUGUGAAACUAGCCAAGUAAUGUUCACAAUAAAAUGUUACUUGCUGUAUUUUUGUAUAGUCACAAUAAAGUGUUAAGCUCAAGAUUUCACGUUUUUAAUAAAGUUUUAUAGUUUAAAUUGUCUUCUUGGUGCCGUGAUGUUCAUCUUCUUGGACUGAAUUGUUGUUAGCUCUCUUUUAAUAAACAAAAAAGCCACAAUAGUCGAGCAAAGAACACAAAACUGACUCCUUCAUUUUUGGCUGCUCCAGACAAUCACCCAUCUCCAUUUAACUCUCUUUUCUUAAGGAAUACUUACAGAAUGCCAUUAUAUGUAUAUAUAGUAAAUAUUUUAAAAUCUUGGAUUUUCUUGUAGCUAACCUGUUUUUCUGAAAGAGGGGAUCCGAUGGUACAUCCAUGCCAAACGUGGUGCACAAAAUCCACAAUUAUUUCAAUAACCAACUCCACUAUUUUCUGCCUAGCUCAGGGGUGGGCAAACUACGGGCGGGGGACAUAUGCAGCCUGUUAAACAGGAAUGAAUUAUAUUGCUAAUCCUUAUUUUUGUCUUAAUUUCCGUAUAAUUCUGAUGUUGACUUUUAUUUAGGUGCAGAAAGUUAUUUUGCAUCCAUGUGUCGUUGGAAAAUUUGCUAUUUUUCUGAUGCUCAUAUGUGUUUUCCGAGUAAGACAGUCAUUUUUCUGAUCAUUUCAACAAGCAGCAUUUCUCCAAUUUUACAUUUUUUCCUGAAAGACUUCAACUCAUCGGUGCAAAUGGCACUAAAAUUAGAGAAAACACCCCAGUUUUGAAAUAAAGACUUCAAAAUGUUCUAUUUUAAAGUAUGUAUAUUAAACUAAAGUUUGUUUUUGUCCAGAUUCCAUGUUUUUCUUUCUCAUAUGAGGUGGAUUUUACCUAAACACUCCACACAUCUGCUCCUGGUCCAGGCAUUUCUGUAAAAUUUUAGAACCAUUUGUGGCCCAUGAGUCAAAAAAUUUACCCACUCCUGGCCUAGCUUCUACUUCUAUUUCCCACAAUUCAUUGUGUUCUUGAUCAGCUUUAUUUAUCUGUAGGUCCCACAGUUUCUUUCUGGUUCAAAAUUGGUAUCAAUGAUUUUAAACUGAUAAAAACUACAAUUAAAAAAAUAAAAAAA